CAGCGAGCGGCGCGCUGUCCCAGGUCGCAAACCAGUGCCCCAGGCGGCGGGGAGCACGGCGCCCGGAUGCUGCGAGCGGGAGCACCCACCGGAGACUUACUCCGGGCCAGAGAAGUCCACACCGGGACAACCAUCAUGGCGGUAGAGUUUGAUGGGGGCGUCGUGGUGGGAUCUGAUUCCCGGGUGUCUGCAGGAGAGGCUGUGGUGAACCGAGUGUUUGACAAGCUGUCCCCCCUGCACCAGCGCAUCUACUGUGCUCUCUCUGGCUCAGCUGCUGAUGCUCAGGCCAUAGCGGACAUGGCUGCCUACCAGCUGGAGCUCCAUGGAAUGGAACUGGAGGAACUCCCACUCGUUCUGGCUGCUGCAAACGUGGUGAGGAAUAUCACCUAUAAAUAUCGGGAGGACCUGUCUGCACAUCUCAUGGUUGCAGGCUGGGACGGACGCGAAGGGGGCCAGGUAUAUGGGACCAUGGGAGGGAUGCUGAUUCGACAGCCCUUUGCCAUUGGUGGCUCUGGCAGCACCUAUAUCUACGGUUAUGUGGACGCAGCAUAUAAACCAGGCAUGUCCCCGGAGGAGUGCAGGCGCUUCACCACGAAUGCUAUUGCUCUGGCCAUGAACCGGGAUGGCUCCAGUGGGGGCGUCAUCUACCUGGUCACGAUCACAGCCACUGGUGUGGACCAUCGAGUCAUCUUGGGCAAUGAGCUGCCGAAAUUCUAUGACGAGUGAAUCUUUCUCAGACUUCCCUUCUUUAUUUUAUAAUAAAGUUUCUGGGACCGGAACCUGGUAUGGUCAUGGUCACUCAGAGAGAUGAAGCUUGGGAAGGGGGCUUCUUCCCACCCAGAUGUUAGCAUAUCUUUUUUAUUCUUUUGUCCCCAGGUCUAAAACAUCUUUCCCACAGGAGAGAGAGGUGGGCGGGGAGGCGGGGUAUAUACUAGAACCAGGAAGGGCUCUACACAUGACAGGUCAUAGGUAGCUAAGACAGCUACACACAGGAGAAUUAGCUAAGAGCACCAGCAAACUCACAUGGAAGAGAAUUCCUUUCAUAAUGCAUUCAUUCACAUUAGAGACCAAAAACUGAUAAGUACUUAAAUAUUUGGUGGGGGGGUACUUGUGAAUUUCAAAGAAUAAUAACAAGAACCAAAAAAGCUACAUUUAUUGAACCAAGCAUUAGCUACAUGCUUAUAAACUUCAUUUCUUAGAACCCAAACAAAAAAAUCUUAUGUAGGUAGGACAACUACUUCUGUGUACGGAUAGAUGGGAAUUUAGGAAGAGUAAGUCAUGGCAAGUUCAAAAGCUGAGAUGUGGGAUUUAGUUUACCAUAUGCCUUUCCUCUACCACAACAUGAAACCUUCUAUUCCCGCAAGCUUCAUACAGCAUCUCCUCCUUGAAACCUGCAAUAAUUAGCCUAGCCCAUGAUUUGACACUUACGAAGUCAUCACUAGAUGUUUGAGUAACUGUAUGAAACAGGCUGAGUUCUGGUCCUAUCGUUGCCAGGCACUUUCUGAGUGCGAGAACAAAUUACUCCCCUUCUUUGAGCCCUCAUUUUCUCUUCUAUCAAAUGAAGGUGUUGAGUGACUUCUAAGGUGGUUUAUAGUUUUGACAUUCAAUGCCAUUUUGCUCAUAAGUGAGCAGUUAAGAGGUCUAUUUAACAGAAAUCCUAGUAGGCUACCCAGGAAGCUUCUGUCUGCUUUUCUCUCUGGAUCUCAGGCUCAACAUACAAAUUCAAAGUACCCUAAGACGUUCCUAUGUCCUUGGUAGUGUGUAUUUGGUUUGGAGAAAAAUAAUCUAAGAUUACUAGAGCCUAGGGGAGGGGGAAGGGUAAGCUGGGACAAAGAGAGAGUAGCAUUGACAUAUACACACUACCAAAUGUAAAAUAGAUAGCUAGUGGGAAGCAGCCUCAGCUCGGUGCUUUGUGACCAUCUAGCCCUCUA